AACAUUCAAUAGUGUACGCGUAGCCUGUGAUCACGGACUACCUUGCCAUCGCGCCACACGUGGAUAGUGAUCGUCUGUCAAUUUUUUCUUCGUUCGUGGUAACUAAAUGACGGCCACUGCAGCUGCUCUGAAAAGGCUCGAGGCCUUGUUCGACGACGUAAAACUCAAGAACGAUGUCGGCGAUCCACUUAGUAGGGCCAAGAGAGGGUCUGUAGAAAAGGUCACGUUCGCCGUGACCGCAGACUGUGACAUACACGGUCGCCGUAAGUCCGAGCACCUUCAUGGAAAUCACAAAGCUAGCAUCGUAUCGUCAGUGCCUUCACGGCGCGAAUCCAUGCCAAUCACCGGCUCUAUUCCGGCGGCUAGCAUGCGCCGUCGCGACUCCAUCGUGCUGGGUUCGCCGGGUCGCGAAACCCUUUGCCAUCACCCUUCUUCGUUUCCGUCGUCGCUGCGCCGAGACUCAUCCUCGUUAUCCGCAAACCCGCCGCGCCGCGAUUCGCUGAAUUCAAACGGACGCCGGGACUCACUGUCGCCGCCGACGGUCACGGCGACCACGGGCGUCGUGUUGCGUCGUGACUCUGGCACCGGCCGCAAGGAGUCAGUGCCGGCGUGGCGCAGGUUCUCCACCGAUUCGCUGGAUUCCGUGCGUCGCAACUCUUGGGACCCAAACAGAAGAGGAUCGUCAGGAUCUUCUGCCGGUUGCGAAGACACUAUUUUAGAGGAAAGCUCGCGGCCGACGGCGACUAAAACUCUCAACAACGGUGAUGGCUCGGAUAUAUAUAGCAACGACAACGGUAGCAAACCAAGAUUUAUGGCCGUCACCCGACUUGAAGACGUGCAAGCGGUCCGGUGCGCUGAAUUUCACCCCCACGGAUCAGUGUAUGCUGUGGGUUCCAACUCCAAGACAUUGCGUAUAUGCGCUUAUCCCAAAGUGACGGACAUCAGAGAAAACCAUGUGGCCCAACAACCGACGGUGUUGUUCAAACGUACCAGACACCACAAAGGUUCGAUAUACUGCAUGGCAUGGACACCCGACGGUUCGCUGAUAGCUACCGGUAGCAAUGACAAAACGGUCAAGUUGAUGAAGUUCAAUCCAGAGACUUCAAAUCUGGAAGGCCAAGAAAUCGAGCUGGCUAUGCACGACGGUACCGUCAGGGACGUUUGCUUCAUCGAGGACACCAUCAACAGGAGCAGCUUGCUGAUCAGCGGAGGUGCUGGCGACUGCAAGAUAUAUGUGACCGACUGCGAAACCGCACAACCUUACCAGGCGCUUAGUGGCCAUUCCGGGCACAUACUGACGUUAUACAAUUGGGGAGGAGCCAUGUUCGUAAGUGGAAGCAACGACAGAACAAUCAGAUUUUGGGACUUGCGAACGAGAGGAUGUGUAAACGUAGUGACACCGAUCACGUCGGCGACCAGUCGGCAAGGUUCUCCGGUGGCUGCAGUUUGUGUAGAACCUUCAGGUCGUCUUUUGGUCAGCGGUCACGAGGACUCGGCUUGUGUUCUUUACGAUAUUCGAGGAUCGAGGAGUUUGCAAUGCUUUAAACCACACUCUGCCGAUGUACGGUCGCUGCGCUUUUCGCCCAGUGCCUAUUACUUAUUGACGGGUGGAUACGACAACAAACUGGUGCUCACCGAUUUGCAAGGCGACUUGACCACCACUUUACCAAGUGUUGUAGUGGCACAACAUCAAGAUAAAGUGAUAUCUGGCCGAUGGCACCCGACAGACUUUUCAUUUCUGAGCACCAGCGCUGACAAGACAACCACAUUGUGGGCUUUGCCGCCGUACAAAUAAUUAUUUACAAUUAAUCAUAAUCAACGAUCUAUGUAUUAUUAUGCAAUAUACGCCAGCUUUUGAACACAUGCUUAUUACUGAACGAUUUUUUUAAAUUAAAUAUAUUUAAAAACUAAAUAACAAUUAUUUAUUUUUGCUAACUUAUUGAGCUAACAAUUUAUGAUUUAACCGAUAGUGUUAUAAAAUUUUACGAUCUGUUUUAUAUAUUUUAUUAUUAUUAUUAGUUAGAUAUAUUAUAUUACUACUUACGUAUAUAUUUGUUUGUUGCUUUUUUCUAAUUCUACCAAAUGUUUUUGUUA